CUUCUCCAUUCUUGUUAAAAAUGCUGAAGUGCUUAGUGUUUGUGUGUCUCCCUUUAGUAUGUGCUCAUUCAAGUCUACCCAACCUGGAUCACAGGGGUGGUAACAAUGUUGAUCAAAAAGAUGUGCCUGACAAUUUCGCUACUUGCCCAGGGUCCAAAGCUGUUUUCAGCAUUUGCAGCCAUCCAAACGAAACCAUCAUAGGCGGGAAUGUGAUCCUGGUGUGCUACUACUCAAAGACUGAUUGGCUGCCAAUUAACUACACACUUUUCAGAAACCAGACCAAGGCUGUGGGCUAUGCAACAACGAACAGGACAGAAGAAAGGGCUGUGUUUAACCUCACAGUCAUGUCGACCAGAGAUCUGGGUGAAUAUAAAUGUAAAGCUCAAAGAUUUCAUGAAACCCAGUACAGCCGUGGACUCAACAUUACAUUAAGAGUGGCAGAAGAGAAAAAGAAUAAAAACUUGGUAGCAUACAUUGUGCCUCCCUUGCUUCUGCUGCUGUUGCUGCUAGCAGUAAGUGCAGCAAUUGCACUGCUGAUUCUUCCUUGGUGUAAAGCAAGAAAACAGAGUACAGGCAGCAAACCAGCUGUUGUCUUUUCAGCCCGUCGCCCAAGCAGUGACAACGGUGACGUUUAUGAUACUGUAUAUGAAGAAAAUGAGUAUUGCAAUGUGAAACAUAAAACCAAGGAGGAAGACAACAGAAAUGUAAUCCUUGGUGGGGAUAGUACUGUGGACUAUGCAGAAGUUGUCAUCCGAAGAUAAAAAGGACUCUAGUUUGAUACCAGUUGUCUCAAGAUACUACAGCCAAGAUGACACAGCAGAUCUAGAACCUUUCCUUUACCCUUUGACAAGUUCAAUAUUACCUGCUUGCCCCUGCUACGUGUCUCCAACCUGAUGUUCAGCAUUUAUUCAAACUGACACAUCAGCAAUCAAGGAAGUGGAAAACCACCACCUCACUUCAUUGGUUCCAAGUCUCUCCGCCCCCCCCCAUUCAAUUACAAUGGAGAAUGAUUUUGCAUAUGAACCUGGGACACUUAAGCUAAUGUAUAUUCCAGUUUAUGGGAAUGCCAUUUAUAUAUGCUUAUGUUGGAAAUGGAAGCAGAAUUAAUUUGGCUUACAAGUUUAGGAUGGGUCCAUGUUCAGAUGACAGUUGCUCCACUGCACACAAGUCAUCCAUGCCUAUUUCUACUAUAUAAAAAGGCAAAUUUAUUGAUCAACACUGCACUAAUUCCUUUCAGAUGAAGAUGUUGCUAUGUUGUGAUAAAAUUAAGAUCUCCUGGGGUCUGGAAGGCUCCAAUCUGCUAGUUAUCAAAGGAUCAUUAUAUCUUUGCUUGCCCUCUGCUUCUUAGAUAAUGUUUUGUAACGUUACUAUGAACUGAAAGCUGUGGCUUUCCAUUUGCAU